ACCCUACGGCAUCGCAGCGCUCCCUACGGCAGCGUACCGCGGGGCUCCGCACCCUACGGCACCGCAGCGCUCCCUACGGCACCGCACCCUACGGCGCCGCAGCGCCCGCGCCCGGCGGGGCCAUGAUGGCGUGCGCCGAGCUGCUGGCCGUGUGCCUGCUGUCAGCCGACCGCGGCCCCGCGCCCCGCCGCCAGCCGCUCCCCAUCUUCCACGACAUUUUCCGGCGAGCCGACAAGAAUGAUGAUGGGAAGCUGUCAUUUGAGGAGUUCAAGAACUAUUUUGCUGAUGGGAUCCUGAGCUCGGAGGAGCUGUGGGAGUUGUUCAGUGGCAUUGACAGGCGUCAUUCAGAUAAUGUGGACACGGAGAAAUUGUGCGAUUAUUUCUCGGCAUAUCUCGGAGAAUACAGGAAUGUGCUUUCCGCCCUUGAAGCCCUCAACUCUGCGGUCCUGGCAGCCAUGGACAAAACCAAGCUGAGGUACGAGACCUCCUCGAAGAUGGAGCAGUUCCUGACCCGUUUCCUGCUGCGGGAAACCAUGCACCAGCUGCAGUCCCUGCAGGCCUCGCUCGAGUGUGCCGUGGACACCGUGGAGGAGCAGGCGGGACGGGAGAGAAAGGACAUAAAGAAAUCUGAGACCUUGGUUGGCCUGAGGUCAGGGAGACGAUGUGGGCGGAGAGGACAGAAGAAUGUCUGUCUGUCUCCGACAGACCCCUAUUCUGGGAUGCUAACGACAGGUGUUUGUGUUGAAGACAACAGCCAGUGGAUGGCACAGAUCAAUAGGCUCCAGCAGCUCAUCGAGAAACUAGAGUGCAAGAGCCCACGCCUGGAGCCGCUGAAGGAGGAAGCGAUGUGCAAAGGAAGAGAUGCACACAUCCUGGUGGCAAAGAGGCAGAUCUCGGUGGCGACGAGCAGCAUUGAGGAGUUUCGCCAGGCGUUCAGGUCCUACACGGAGGUCACUGCCGGGCAGAGCAGCUGCCUGCACGUGUCUGCCUGCAAGCUGACGGACGAGGCCUGCUUCAUCCUUUACGAGUUCUGGCAGGACGUGACUUCGUGGAGAAGCCACUUGCAGUCCAGCUGCAGCAAGACUUUCCAGCGGUCCAUCAUCAGCUUGCUGGAGUCCCCAGAGCUGCUCACCACCAUGCUCUUCCCAGCCUCCUGGUGGAUCAUGAACAACAACUGACCCUGGGCAGCCGCUUCCAGGACGCCGUCAGCAUGCGGAAGGACACGGAGCUGUCGCCUUCCCUCGCGUUCGUCACCUCCCUGUCCCUCGUCCUCUCCUGCAGUCCUGGGGCUGCCUGCCCGUCGUCCCUGGCAGUGUUUUACCCUUUUGCUCUUUUCAUGUUAAUUUAUUUAUUCCCCCCACCAAGACGGUCUCCGUGCUGCCCGGGGGAGCGGGGCACUCCCAGCAGCGCUCGUGGGAGCUGCGUUUGGGGGUGGCAGCCUAGCCCGUGGGGGAGCACUGGUCUGGUUGCUGCGUCCUGGCAGCCCUCAGCCCCUCUCGCACCCCAGCUCCUCUUCCUGCCUGUGCUCCUCUUCCUCCUGGCUCUGAGGACAGGCCGAGGCUCCACAGGGUGCUGGGAUGGGCUAGGGGACAUGGCUCUGGCCAGCUGUGGCAUCCCUGCGCCCGGCCUGCCAGAGCCACCCAGGGCCAGCAGUGGCUCUGCCCAGGGAGCCGGGCCGCCUCGUACAAAUUGUGAAUAGUGUUUUAUAGAAAAAAAAUUUAAUUAUUUCUGGCGAGGUGUGCCGGAUCUGGCCCCGGCCACACCAGCAGCUUGUGCAGCCAUUACAAUGGCUUUGAGACUGGACUCGUGCUCCCCCCAGCUGUGCCCAUGGCUGUGCACGUCCCCCCAAUAAACCACUGCACACCUCCUGGGGAAGGCGAG